CAGAGGAGCCAGCGAAUCGGCUGUGCCACCCAGGACUGUGGAAUCUAAAGGAACUCAUUGGGGACCACAGAGCUGGUGGUGACUGGGAGCAGGAGCUUCCCAGUUGUAGAAGACAAGGUCCUAACUGUGAGUGAUAAAGAGGGAGUCCUUCAUUUUCCAUCAAUAACAUCCUCCAGCGACUGUCAUCAUGGCAGCUGAGAAAGCUGAAAUGGACGCUCUGAAAAAAGAGUGUGACGGCCUUCGUUCUCAAAUUGAGGCGGCGCGUAAGGCCGUGAACGACACCACCAUGUCAGCAGCAGCCAAUGGUGUGGCCCCUGUGGGCCGGGUUCAGCUGAAGCUCAGGAAGAACCUCAAGGGCCACCUGGCCAAGAUCUAUGCCAUGCACUGGUCAGCAGAUUCAAGGCAAAUGGUCAGUGCAUCACAGGAUGGCAAGCUUCUCGUCUGGGACACCCACACUGGGAACAAGCUGGUCGCUGUCCCUCUGAAGUCUGCUUGGGUUAUGAGUGUCGCCUUUGCUCCUUCUGGUAACCUGGUGGCCAGCGGUGGUCUGGACAACAUCUGCACAGUCUACAACAUCAAGGCUGCCAGCCCCAAGACCCUCAGGGAGCUGGAUGCACACACAGGUUACUUGUCCUGCUGCCGUUUCCUUAGUGAUUCUGAGAUCUUGACAGCCUCUGGUGACACCACCUGUGUUCUGUGGGACUUGGAGACGGGCAAGCAGAAAGUGGUCUACACCAACCACAUUGGGGACUGCAUGUCACUGGCCCUCUCCCCUGACAUGAACACCUUCAUCUCAGGAGCCUGUGACUCUCUGGCCAAGCUGUGGGACCUGAGGGAAGGAACCUGCAAGCAGACCUUCUCAGGGCACACCAGCGACAUCAACGCCAUUUCUUUCUUUCCCAGUGGAAAUGCCAUCAUCACAGGCUCUGAUGAUUGCUCCUGCAAGAUGUAUGACCUGCGUUCCGACCAGGAGGUGAUGGACUACACAGACGCCAGCCUUAACGCCGGCGUCACAUCUUUGGCCCUCUCCAGCUCUGGCCGCCUUAUCUUUGCAGGCUAUGACGACUUCAACUGCCACAUUUGGGACUCACUGAAGGGAGAGAAAGUCGGUGUGCUCUCUGGCCAUGACAACAGGGUGAGCUGCACCGGCGUUCCAGAAGAUGGACUGGGCGUCUGCACAGGAUCCUGGGACAGCUUCCUCAAACUGUGGAACUGAGGCGUUUUCAGUGGGAAGAAAACAGCUCAGGAAGAAAAGAGGAGGAGCAGUAAUGAGGAGGGAAUAAGAGAAGGAAGGAUGCAUGAAUAAAUAAGGCCUCCUCCUCCUCCGAUCUUCCUCUCUUCUUCCUUAAUGAUGUAUACUAAACAAGAGCGGUGGCUAAUGAGCUUCAUUGUAUAAAUGGCAUCAGGGAAACGGCGUACGAUGCAUCCUGCUGUGUGUACAGAACAACUUCACUGUUGUCAAUUUCAAUAACAAAGUACAUUUUUUAAAAUAGCUCAUUAAUCUAAAUGUCUAAAGAGCAAGAAAAGGGGCUCUGAUUCAGAAAUACAUAGAGGUUUUCAACAAAAGACAGAACGAGAGCAUAAGCACUAAAAAAAAAAAAAAAAGUUAUAGAAUAACAGAUUUAACUUUUGUUCCUCAGAUCAUUAAACUGUAAAAGAGCCUUGAAUUCACAUAGAUAAAAAACCGAUGUAAAAAUUCAUUUGU